AUGGUCCACACCGCAGAAUUCCUCCCAGCCACCGGCACCGAUAUCAGUUCCGUGCUUGCAGGUGGCUACAACCAUCCACUUUCGCGUGAGUGGCAGGCCGAACGCCAGCUCACCAAGAGCAUGUUCAUCUACCCGCUCUUCGUGACCGACUCGCCAGACGAAGAGACCGACAUCCCAUCGUUACCUAACAUCAAACGCCGUGGGGUGAACAAGAUGGUUGCGCAUGUGGAAACGUUGGUGGCGAAGGGCUUGCGUGCGGUGAUCCUCUUCGGCGUGCCGUUGAAGGAGGGCGCCAAGGACGCCGUGGGGACCGCUGCUGACGAUCCGGAGGGCCCGGUCAUCCAGUCGAUUAAAGUGUUGCGUGCGAGAUUCCCCGACUUGUAUGUCAUGUGUGACGUGUGUCUUUGCGAGUACACCUCGCACGGUCACUGUGGCGUGUUGUACGAAGACGGCUCGAUCAAGAGAGAACAAUCUGUAGCGCGGCUCGCGGCCGUGGCUGUAAACUACGCCAAAGCCGGUGCCAACGCCGUCGCACCAUCAGACAUGAUCGACGGGCGUGUCAAAGACAUCAAGCUUGGGUUGAUCAACGCCGGCUUGGCCCACAAGACGCUUCUCAUGUCGUACGCCGCCAAGUUUGCCGGCGAGUUGUACGGGCCGUUCCGCGAAGCUGCAGGGUCCGUGCCUUGUCAUGGUGACAGAAAGGCUUACCAACUUCCGCCCUCUGGCAGGGGCUUGGCCCACAGAGCGAUCGAACGCGACUUGAACGAGGGUGCCGAUGCGAUUAUCGUCAAGCCGUCAACCUUCUACUUGGACAUCAUAGCCGAUGCUGCCGUCUUGGCCAAGGAUGUGCCGGUAUGUGCCUACCAUGUGAGUGGUGAGUACGCGAUGCUCCAUGCCGCCGCGACGCAGGGUGUGGUGGACUUGAGGAGCAUUGCUUUUGAGUCUCAUCGCGGGUUUUUGAGAGCCGGCGCGCGCUUGAUUAUUAGCUAUUUCACCCCGGAGUUUUUAGAGUGGUUGGAGUUCUAG